CGAAAGCUGAAAGCAGGAGCAGCAUAGGCUACGACUACCGUGUGAACAUCCUUGUCCAGCACUGCCUGUGAGCAUCCCCCCUAAAUAACGACUGCUUGGAUAAAAUGGCCACCUCCUCCUCCAAUCUGGAAGAAGAUGAAAGUCUGAAGAGCUGUGAAGUUUUCGUGCAGAAGCACAACAUCCAGCAGAUCCUGAAGGAGUGCAUCGUCAACCUGUGCAUCGCUAAGCCCGAACGGCCUAUGAAGUUCCUUCGGGAGCACUUUGAAAAGCUGGAGAAGGAGGAGUGUAAGCAGAUCCUGGCGCGCCAGAAAUCCAACUCGCAGUCGGACUCUCAUGACGAUGAGGUGUCCCCCCCGCCCCCCAACCCCGUGGUCAAGGCCCGCCGACGCAGAGGCGGGGUCAGUGCCGAGGUGUACACCGAGGAGGACGCCGUCAGCUACGUGCGCAAGGUCAUCCCGAAAGACUACAAAACGAUGACCGCCCUAGCCAAAGCCAUCUCCAAGAACGUGCUGUUCGCGCACUUGGAUGACAACGAGAGGAGUGAUAUUUUCGACGCCAUGUUCCCUGUCACACACAUUGCUGGGGAAACGGUCAUUCAACAAGGGGAUGAGGGGGACAAUUUCUACGUUAUUGACCAAGGAGAAGUCGAUGUGUAUGUGAACGGCGAGUGGGUCACCAGCAUCGGCGAGGGUGGCAGUUUCGGCGAGCUGGCCCUCAUCUACGGGACGCCCCGUGCCGCCACCGUCAAGGCCAAGACUGACCUCAAACUGUGGGGCAUCGACCGCGACAGUUACCGCCGCAUCCUCAUGGGCAGUACCUUGAGGAAGAGGAAGAUGUAUGAAGAGUUCCUGAGCAAGGUGUCCAUCCUUGAGUCUCUGGAGAAGUGGGAGCGUCUGACGGUGGCUGACUCUCUGGAGCCGGUGCAGUUUGAGGACGGACAGAAGAUUGUGGUCCAAGGGGAGCCGGGCGAUGAUUUCUUCAUCAUCACAGAGGGCACAGCCUCUGUGCUGCAGCGGCGCUCUGAUAACGAGGAGUAUGUGGAAGUGGGGCGUCUGGGACCCUCUGACUACUUUGGCGAGAUCGCCCUGCUGUUGAACCGGCCUCGGGCGGCUACGGUGGUGGCCCGCGGGCCGCUCAAGUGCGUGAAGCUGGACCGGCCGCGCUUCGAGCGCGUGCUCGGCCCCUGCUCUGAGAUCCUCAAGAGGAACAUCCAGAGAUACAACAGCUUCAUCUCGCUCACCGUCUGAGGGGCCCGGAGGGCAGGAAGCCCAGCAC